GUCAUAGAAGUGUGUUUAGUGGAUGUGUGAAUACUUCCGCCCAGUUUAAGUCAUGGCCACAGUAACAUUCUUAGAUAGAAUUGUCAAGGAGUUGCAUGAUAGGGAUGAUGAGGUGCUCUUUGAGAUCUUAGAACCAUCCGCGAGAGGAGUUUGUCUGUAGUCUUUAAGUGUCAUCUGGUCUUGAAGGAAGACAGUCGGCACACCUUGUGAGAGUAGUAUGGCAUCAUCAGUGAUCAGUGACAGUGAACCCUCACAUAAAAAGGCAGCACAAUACCACGAUGAAGGAACGGCCAUAGAGGACGAUGCAACAGGUGUAUGCAACACGUAUGCAACAAUCCUGUCUCGAUUUUGGUAUGUGAUUUGCAUUAUCAUAUUCGCUAUGAUAGCUGCAUACAGCACCAUGGCGUUCACACUGUAUGACAUACCAGAUUUCCUGGACCCCGUGAAGGGUUUUGAGGCUCGAGGUACAGUCAUCUCAGCCCGUCUGAAGAGCAUAAGUAACACGCUCUUCCAUUCGGAUUACUACUUAACUCCGCAAGUUACUGUACCGAGUAGUGAUGACAAUGGGGCAUCGUUGAGUAACGCCCUCGCCUGCAAUCGAGCCGAUGACCCGCUGACGAUUACCGACAACUCCAUAUCGGGAAUCCAUUUUGGCACUUCUUUGUGGGACUGGAAUGAACAAUUUCCCAAAAUCGUUUUCGAGGGAGUGGAUGGUGUCGAUAUUCUAUCAAUGGAAGGUAUCAGAUCAGUUUGCUCUGCAGAAAGAGACUUUGUCACAUCUCACCCUAACUACAACUCCAGCUGCCUCUGUCACCAAGAAGGACAUUGCUUAAGUACAUGGUCCAUCGGGAACUAUGUUGCACUGCUAUCUAAUAAGACAUCAUGUCAUGACAUCAAUGACAACGACGUCACCGUCUUGGUGUCGCUGUUGAGACAAUGUGCGCCUUUCUUCCACGGACGCAUUCGUUCAGAGUUGCAAGACGCAAGCGUCCCUGCUGAAUGUGCACAGCACGACUACGCGAUCCACUCUAUACUCUUCUUCCUGCUACCGUGGGAGUUCAGCGAGACGAUCGUCGCUAAUGGUACCGUCCAGAAAGCCGAAGUGACGGUCGUGUUUUUCCCCAUCAGCGUCUCAGAAGAUACCGCUCUGACGACUAUUUACUGGGAUAACCUCCAUCGAUGCACCUGCUCCGAUGGUAUAACACAGAUGAAAGCAGUCGAAUUCUCUCUCAAGAAUCCCUUAUUUGCAACCCUUCUGUUUGCUGAUUCGCUGUAUCUUGGUAUUGGUAGUGCAGUGAUAUUCGUUCUCAUUUGGCUCUACACUGGAACUUUCAUAGUCACCUUAGCAGCGAUUCUCAACAUGGUGUUUUCAUUUCUAAUGGCUUACUAUUUCUACACUGUAGUUUUCGCCAUGCCGUUUUUCCCCUUCAGUAAUGUAUUGACCGCGAUCCUUAUCAUAGGGAUAGGGGCAGAUGACGCUUUUGUCUUCAUUGACCUUUGGAAGAAAUGUCAACUGGAAAUGAAGGGGCAAGAUCUUAUCUUUGUAACCCGGGAGACACUUCGUCAUGCCACAGCCACUAUGUUUGUCACAAGUGUCACCACAGCCUCGGCACUCUAUGCGAGUACCAUAAGUGACAUCACAGCAGUUAAAUGUUUCGGCAUCUUCGCUGGCACAGCUAUACUUAUGAAUUUUAUUCUAACACUGACACUCAUGCCAGCAUUUAUAGUUCUGCAGCACAAAGUGUCCCCGUUGAUCUGUUCGACCGAAGGUAGUCAAGAUGAUGACCCAAGAAACUCCAAACCAAGACAGAGGUCAUGCCGACAGACACUGGUCGAUUUCGCCAGCAAGCUCUUUGAAGAAGCACUACCUUCAUUUGUCUUCAAGCUCAGAUACUUAUGGGCGAUUAUAUUCCUUCUUCUAGGCGCUGGGGGCGCUGUGGUUAUAUUCUACAAACCUGGCCUCCAAUUACCCAGCGCUGGAGAAAACCAGCUCUUCAUCAUCUCACAUCCUUUUGAACAAUAUGACUUCAUAUAUAAGGAACAGUUUGCAUUUUCACUGAAGAACAGACCGUAUGUUCCUGCAUACAUUGUGUGGGGCGUGGAAGCACUCGACAAUGGCGACUGGUGGGAUCCAGACGAUGGAGGGCGUUUUACACCCCAAGAAAGUUUUACAUUUUCCAGCCCGUCCGAUCAACAAUGGCUUCUUAAUUUUUGCCAUGACAUGCAGAACCAGUCUUUCUUUAACUCAAACGGUCCAUACAGUUGUUUCAUUGAGAAUGUUAAGAUCUUAAUGGAACUUCCUUGUAUGGCUGACCCUGUGACUGGGCAAGAUGCAACUCCUUGCUGUGGACAUUCAAUCUUCCCUUACUCCCCAUCCGUCUUUAGAACUUGCCUUGAUCGCUUCCACAGCACCGGCCUCGUCCCAAGUGUCAGAUUCAAAAAAAGCAACUCCACUGUUGGUGUCAUUGCUCUACCCUUCACAAUGAGUUACAAGCAAAGCCUCCUGUACACGCUCAACGAAGAGCUGUGGACACAGGCAAACACGUGGGUUGAAUUCCAACUCAAAACAGCCCCCGGGGCCCUCCAAAACGGUUGGUUCAUUCCUUAUACAUAUGACAUUGCCUUCUAUGAUCUUCAGAGAAGUUUGGCCUCUGGGACAACCAUGUCUAUGCUUGUCACUCUCGGCAUUGGAUCUGUUAUUCUACUGUUCUCAAUACAAAACAUCAUACUGACUGUAAAUGCAAUGCUUACCAUCACAUGUGCGGUUUUUGUUACUGUUGGUACGCUAGUGUUACUUGGUUGGGAGUUGAAUAUUGUUGAAUCAACUGUUAUAACUCUAUCCGUUGGGUUGUCGGUUGACUUUACCAUUCAUUAUGGUGUUGCGUAUAGAAUGGCGCCUCAUGAUGACCGUAAGGGGCGCACUCUAUACUUCCUUUCGACAAUGUCAGGCGCCAUCUCAGUGGCUGCACUUUCAAGUUUCGUGGCUGGUGCCUUGGUCAUGCCGGCUACCGUUUACGGAUACACCCAAUUCGGAAUCUUCUUCAUGAUUGUUAUGAGCACCAGUUGGACAUACAGCACAUUCUUAUUUGGGUCCCUCUGCUAUAUCAUAGGUCCACAAAAAUCCACAGGCGAUAUACCUUGCUCGUCAUGUUGCGACUGCUUCGGGUACAGUGGUAGUCGCACCUCAGCGCCAGUCGAUCAAGAAAUGCAGGUUCAGGAGUUUUAUAGUCCCAGCGAGCGCCCUCUCGCGAGAGAAAGUAUCAGCACUAUCACCAGGGGUAGGUUUCUACCCAUCCAAAGCCCAGACAGCGUCAUGAAACAUUUAGAGGGACACAUAACAACUGCUAACUGGAAAGAGAGUAAUAGAGAGACUUACUUCCCAAAUAAUAAUAACUGGCCCUCUACGGUGAGUAAACCAAAAGCAGGGGGAUACUUGGAGCAAUCUUCUUCAGUUAUUUGUAGCCCGAAGCGAUCGAGACACCCUGACCACUAUGGCACAGAUAUACAUUAUAACUAUAACGAGGUUCAUUUUAAUCCAGUUUAUAAUAUAAAUAUGAGAUAAAUUUGUUAAAAGUCAUUCUCGAUGUGUUUUUAAACUUUUACGUUGCAUUAUUUGUCAUCAAUUUUGGUAAACAUAGGCACUGGAUGGACGCGUUUUGGUAAUAAUUGACCAGUUUUCUCAGUUGGUGUUACUCAACAUAAAAAGAAUUCAUAACCCAACAAGGUUACUGUACCUAAUAUAACGAGGCCGCAAAAAUCCGGCCUCGUUGUCGUUGAUACCUCGAAAAGCCAUGCUUCGACCCCACGGUAUCAAUUACUGUUAUGUACCGUGCGGUACAGUAUCUACAUCUACAUGUAUACAGUUCUUGAAUUCUAAGCGGGCCAGUGCUUUCGUAAAGAGCCUUGGGACAAGGCUACUCAGCACCAUGUCUUCCGUGCGCUCCUGAUUUUCUGCAAUUAUCUAAAAAACUAAAAACAAAACGCGUUCAGCUUUUGAAAUGUCCACAGGUUAGUUUGAUUGUAUUUAUAAUCUAAAUAAUAUUAUUUAUAAAGGACUAAGACAAUCAAACUUUUAAAACAAAUUGAAGCUUUUCAAUUUUUCUUAAAACCAUGGGUCAGCACGUGUACAUUUCAGCUUUAGUACGAGUGACUAUUAGUAGGCCCCCGUCACAAGCUAAUGCAGUUUAUUAGGCUUGCAACUGUUUGACAUCAUUCAUAACAUAUCCUUGUUGCGUCCUCCAACGUGCAGCUCUAGCCCUAUAAAUAUAGUAUUUUUAAAUUAAUUUGCCAAAUUAAUUAUGAUAAAUAAUUGUGAAAAACUUGCAUUGCAAUAGAAACCAUUAUGGAAAUAACUUGAAUCAAUCAUAAGUUGAUCAUUUGAAGCUUGCCGUUCAGGACAAUGAUGGAGGACACACCAAGAAUGGAGGACAGGAUAACAGCAGUUUUAA